GCACAGGAGGUGGCAAAGCUGCUGGAGAUGAAGGCACGGCUGGGGGGAGAUGAGGGGAAACACAAAUUCGUGCUUAAAACCCCAAAGGGCACGCGGGACUACAGCCCUAAGCAAAUGGCCAUUCGCGAGAGGGUCUUCAAUGCGAUCAUCACCUGCUUCAAGCGCCAUGGAGCAGAAGUCAUUGAUACACCGGUGUUUGAGCUGAAGGAGACGCUGACAGGGAAAUACGGCGAGGACUCAAAGCUCAUCUACGAUCUGAAAGAUCAAGGAGGAGAGCUGCUGUCCCUGCGCUAUGACCUGACAGUGCCCUUUGCUCGCUAUUUGGCGAUGAACAAGAUCACCAACAUUAAACGCUACCACAUCGCUAAGGUCUACAGGCGGGACAACCCGGCCAUGACCAGGGGCCGCUACAGGGAGUUCUACCAGUGUGAUUUUGACAUCGCUGGCCAGUUUGACCCCAUGAUUCCCGAUGCCGAGUGCCUGAAAAUUGUGCAUGAGAUCCUGAGUGACCUGCAGCUCGGGGACUUUCUCAUUAAG